AUGGACUUAUACAGUCGGUCUUCCAUGUUUCCCAUGAUGCACUAUGGUACGUUAAGCUACUUUUACUUGUAUCACCUUGAGGCAUACUUUUGUGUCUCUGACUUGGAUCACUUGGUUAUCACGUUUGAGGUCUAUUAACUAUUGUCUUUGGAUUAAUAAGUAAUGUUUCUUCUUUUUAGCGACAAAUGACAAUGAACAGCUCCUACAACAACAUCUUCAUGGUCAAUCACAGCUUUCUCAGCAGAAAGACGGUAAUGCUGCUACAGUAACAUCAGUUCUUAUUCUCCUAAUUCUGAUUCUGUCUAAUUACCGUAUCUUUUCAGCUUUUGCCGCCAAUUUUUCAAAUUUUCCUUUGGUCGCGGCAGCUGCCUCUUUGAAUGGUACCAAUAACACCAGUACUAAUCAGGCUGCCACUGGGACCGCGGCGGUCUUAGGGAGUAUGGAAGGGUACCAGAUGAACCAACUGCACCACAAUUCGUAA